AUGGCGAAUGCACUUCCGCUCUCUCACGCCACCCAACCAUUGAAGCAAAUCGCCAUCGACUACACUCCGGAGGCCUGUUCCCACUGUGCCAUCUCCGACACCAUCACCCUCACAUACGACAUCCGCGGCGGCGCGCGGUGGCGCACGCCCACGCGCUUCCACUCGGGCACCUUCUCCGCUCUCAUCCAGUGCCCCGGCGGCGACACCAACGGUCUCAACUUCAACCUCUACCUCUCCUCCCUGGAGGGCGACAAAUCCCAGGACGAGAUCGACUUCGAGUUUCUGGGCCGCGACAGGACCCUCGUACAAACAAACUUCUUCUGUGGGGGCGCGGGGGACAACGAAAGGAUCCACCAUCUGGGAUUCGACGCCUCCGAGGGGUUCCACGAGUACGCCAUCGCGUGGGGGAGCGACGCGAUCGAGUGGCGCGUGGAUGGAGGGGUGGUUAGGAGGGAGGAGAGGAAGGAGGGAAAAGCUUUCCCUGAGAAAGCUAUGUUUUUGUACGCUUCGAUUUGGGACGCUAGUGGGAUCGCGGAAGGGAAGUGGUGUGGGAAGUACUCUGGAGCUGAUGAGCCUUAUGUUUGUGUAUAUAAGAACAUUCAUGUUCCUGUUGGCACUGUUGAUGAUGAGUGA